CAGUGACACAAACAUAACAGAUAACCAAAUAAAGUUAAACGUAAUGCACUUUUCUCGAGUACAAAACAAUCUUUCUGUGGCCUAGUUCCUCUGAUAAAUAUUUGCGUCAUAAUAUUGGCACCAAGGUACAAUUCAUAUGCUAAUCAAUUGAUAACCAUUGAUAUCAUUAACAAACGAAUCACUUUUGUAACAAUAUAACGCCUGUAUUUUAAGCAUGAUUUUUUUUAUCUCACUGUUCAAACCCAAACCUGAUAAUUUCCUUUUUGUUUUAGAUAUUCAUGCUGUUUAUCCCUUUCUGGUAUUUCCAAAAAGCUGGAUCCUCAAUAGUCGGCUGCCCUGAUGUCACACCGUCUGCCGUUUCCUAUGUGGACAAUGGUGUCACGUGGUGCUAUUGGCUUAAAAGUACGGCCCAGUCCUCUAUCUACCAGGAAAUCAUGUGUGCAACCAACGGUGGAACAUUGGCAAAUAUACCAUCGGCAGCUCACGAGACGGUUAUCAAAACGGCGUUAGGCUCGUCUUGGACUGUUACAGACAAUGUUUACAUUGGCGUGACAGAUGCCACCCGCACUGGGAAUUUCCAGACAUGGGCGGGGGAUAGUCUUACUUACACAAAUUGGGCUAGUACGGAACCACAGUCCAGCAAUGUUUGUGUCUAUAUGGAGAGGACAAGUUACGAAUGGUACACAACUCAUUGCAACGACCACCUGCCAGCAGUAUGUUACUGCGUCAUAGAUCCACUUGACUCAUACACUUGUUCCGGUACAGUUGUUACCAGUGCUGGUGGCGUUACAAAUACUGGUACAACAGUUCAAUCAAGCGUAUCAAAUGUCCCCACUACGUCACCUCAGACAGCCAGUACUGACGGGAGAACAUCUACGAAUAUACAAACAACAACAGCAGCCAGUAAUGUCUGCUAUCCAUCGAGUCUCACGAGUUGUCUUUCCUGUUGUUACGCCCAAACGACAACGACAACAAGCUCUAUUGGAGCUUCAUUUAUGGACAUUGUAGCAGAUUUGAAAAUUGAUAUAAAACAAACAAAUAAAUUUCAGCGGAAGUUGCACAGCAUUGCGGAUCAUCGACCGUUAUCUGUCAGCAUAGGAACUGUGGCUAUAUUUACCCUUAUUUCAGUCAUCGCUGUUAUUGUUACAUGCGAUGUCCCAGUCCUUUGUAGACAAUGGAACAUGCUGAGGAAGUCAAUGCGGCGUUUGCUGUGCAGACGUCCAAAGUCACGUGUCGCGCGAAAUUCAAGAUCUAUUCAUCCAGGUGAAUUUCUUGAAACGACCACUCAUCCUCCUUCUGUAUCGACGUCCUAAAUUACAUGUGGUGCAAUAUCCAUUUUCAACUGUUUGUCAAAAUACAAUUGAAAUUAAUCUCACUUUGCGUAGCAGUGUGCAGUGAAAAUGCCCAAUUCUGACAAAUAAGGCACAUGUUUUA